CAGAAACAAGAUGGCGGCCGCUGCAGAGGCAGAGGAGCCGCUGGCGUGAAGGAGACUCGACAACAGCACUAUGCCCUGGGAGGGUCCCAUUUCUCGGCUCACCAUGGUUACUGUGGUGACAUGACGCUAGUGUGAAGCGUUGACACACACACCCACGUCAAACACACACAGUCAGUUAAAGACUGACACAGCCAGCCAGCCAACCCGGCGGCCGGUGUGUGUAAUGGACAGGUGUAAGCAUGUGGGGCGGCUGCGGCUGGCCCCAGACCACUCCAUCCUCAACCCCCAGAAGUGGCACUGUGUCGACUGCAACACCACAGAGUCUGUGUGGGCCUGCCUGGGUUGUGCGCAUGUGGCGUGCGGCCGGUACAUCGAGGAACAUGCUCUGCAGCACUUCCAGCAGCAGCACCACCCGCUCGCUAUGGAGGUUAACGAACUUUACGUUUUUUGUUACCUGUGUGACGACUACGUCCUAAACGAUAAUGCCACAGGGGACCUGAAGCUGCUCCGUAGCACGCUCAGCGCCAUCCAGAGCCAGCGCUAUGAAGUGACGACACGUAGCGGGCGCACCCUCCGCUCGGCCAGCAUGGCUCCGGACGCCCUCAUGCCGUGCGGCGCCCGCGAGCUGCAGCUGAGGGACGAGGACAGAAUGUUUACCGCCCUUUGGCACCGCCGCAGGGCACUCAUGGGACGCAUCUUUCGCCUUUGGUUUGGACUGACUGAUUGUGGAAAGAGGAGAGAGGAAGAGGAGAGAAAACGAGAGGAGGAAGAGGAACAGAAAAGGGAGGCUAAGGAGAGGAGGCGGGCUUUAAAGAGGCAGCUACAGGAGGAACUGGAGUCUGCUCCUCUCAGAAAGAGCCGUCGCUUGAGAAGGAAAAGCAAGAGGGUUGUUGAAACGGCAACCACAACACCGACCUCUCAUCAGGCUCGCACAAGGACACAAACUCGUGCUCCCCCAGCUCUUACCCGCAGGCCACGGACUCAUAGCCCUGCUGUUGCAACCUCCAAGAAAACCAGGAAAACAAAAAAGGCCAAACCUACUCCCAAACCUCAGAGCCGUUCUACUAAAACCAAAUGUAAGCCCAAAACCCCCACAAAAACUGCUCGCACGCCCCAAACUCCUGUCCGCCGCAAGCAGAGUACCAAACAGGGUGGUUCACCCUUCAAACGACGUCCCACUGUUACUCCUGGAGUGACAGGCCUAAGGAAUUUAGGAAACACCUGCUAUAUGAACUCCAUCCUACAAGUGCUGAGUCACCUGCAUGUUUUCAGGGAGUGCUUUCUGCGCCUGGACCUUACCCAGGCUCUGGAACUACUGGCAUCUGCCGUCCACGGCCAACUGGCAGGGAAGGCCUCAUCACAGUCCCCCUUGUCCCUGAGGAAGAGUCUCCAGAGCAGCUCCGGCUCCGGCUCUGGCACCGGGCUGAGCGGCGGGGCUUCACGGGCCCGCAACAUGGAGCUAAUCCAACCCAAAGAGCCCAGCUCCAAGCACAUCUCUCUCUGCCAUGAACUGCACACCUUGUUCCAGGUGAUGUGGUCUGGAAAAUGGGCGCUGGUAUCGCCUUUCGCCAUGCUUCAUUCGGUGUGGCAGCUGAUCCCUGCGUUCAGGGGCUACGCGCAGCAGGAUGCUCAGGAGUUCCUGUGCGAGCUGCUGGAUAAGGUGCAGCACGAGCUGGAGAGCACCGGCACGCACACAACCACUGUAGGAGUCCCGCAGACGCAGAAACGACUCAUUAGGCAGGUGCUCAGUGUGGUGAACACCAUCUUUCAUGGCCAGCUCCUCAGCCAGGUGACGUGCCUGUCCUGCGACCAUCGCUCCAACACCGUAGAGCCUUUCUGGGAUCUGUCUCUGGAGUUCCCUGAGCGCUAUCACAGUAACAGCAGGGAGUCUGCCGCUCAGGCUUCCUGCCAUUUGACAGAGAUGCUAGCCAAGUUUACAGAAACUGAAGCACUGGAGGGAAACAUCUACGCCUGUGACCAUUGUAACUCCGCCCGACGCCGGACCUCCUCCAAACACGUCAUCCUGACUGAAGCACAGAAACAGCUGAUGGUCCACAAGCUGCCUCAGGUUCUCAGGCUCCACCUCAAACGCUUCAGGUGGUCUGGCCGGAACCAUCGGGAGAAGAUCGGAGUCCACGUCAGCUUCGACCAGCUUCUCAACAUGGAGCCGUACUGCUGCCAAGAGCCGUCACCCAAAGGAGUCCCCAGCAGCCCCGGCUCCACAGGUUCACCAUGCCCAAAGCACUUCCUGUAUGAGCUCUCUGCUGUAGUGAUGCAUCAUGGGAAAGGCUUCGGCUCAGGCCAUUACACUGCGUACUGCUACAACAAAGAAGGAGGCUUCUGGGUUCACUGUAAUGAUUCUAAGCUGAAUGUGUGUUCGGUGGACGAGGUGUGCCGAGCUCAGGCCUACAUCCUCUUCUACACACAGCAAGUAACUCAGGAUAAAGACUGGCCGCUAUAGGACCACGACCCCUGAACCCUCCUCUGCUGCAUCCCAACCACUCAGUGAGACGAUUUUAGCACAGCCCCAGCUAUCGCUCUCUCUUUUCUGCCUUUUUUUUGUUUGUGUUUUUUUUUCUCUGGCAUUUUAUCAACCUGGGAGUAUAGGAUUUUUUACUCUGUUUUUCUAAACAUGGAAAAGAGAGGAAAAACUCCUUUUUUCUAAGAUCUGGUUUGUGAACUUCUUGUAUAUGGUGUUCAUAUGUAGGUAUUUAAAAAAGAAAAAAGGUGACGUGAUCUAUGUACAUUUGUAUUUUAUUGAGAAGAGAGUAUCAGCUAAGGUGUGUCUCAGUAGCAGCCAGCAGACUCUGUUCAGGCAUGAACAUACACACACGUGAGUGUCUUGUACAGGUGUGUUUUUGUGUCUGUCCAUGUGCAUCUGCUGGCUAGUUGAUUGUAAAUGCUGUUUGUUUGUAUGAAUCAGCGAAACUGUCUCAGUCACUUUAGAAAGUUGACACAGAACUGGAUGUAGGGUUGGAACAUGUCAUUUUUUUCAGCAGAAGUGCCCCCACCCCGCCCGCCCUCGUGCUCCAGACAGCUGAAAAGUUGUGAAUGAGUUUUACAACACGGCCACCAUUCGGGCCAGUUUCCUGCCACAAACUGCACUAAUUUCUACAAUAGGUUGUGAGCAUUUGUGUAACUUACCGCAUUGAUUUGGCUGUUAAAAAUCUGUUCACAAGCAGGAUGGGGAGUUUAAUUCUCACUCUGAAGUUUUCCCUGGUCUGAAACAGACUUCAAGCCAAAGGCAAGGUUUCAAAAGAAGAAAGGAAAACAAAAAAACCUCAGCAUUUCCCAAACGGUUCUGUUCGCUGUUUUGCUUUCGUGCUGUUUAAGUUUUCCUCACUGAAGGGGAAGUUUCCAAAGGGAUAAUUUUCAGCCCAAUACUGCCAUCUUGCUGUACCAGAAUGUAACUGUUCCUCAGUGUGAACCAUCCCCAAACAAGAUGUUAUCCUACUAGAAAAGUGCCCUUUUAAUGACAAAGUGAAUCUAUUUUUUAUAGUUUGUACCAAUUCAGCAAAGUGGAAUCUCCACUGCUGCAGUCCAAUGCAGACCAGCAUUUAAAUUAUGAAUGUAUUUUUAUACAAUUCUUAGAUUUUAACAAACGAGGCCAUCAACUGUUUUUUAUACAACUUGUUCUGAUUGUUCAGUAUCACCAGCAGUUUUUACAGAGUUUAUGUUCCCUUUGAUUUGUCCAUCAGUCAUCAAGUCACUCGUCAUCUCAUUUUUCCUUUGUCAGAGGUUGUUCGUUGGCGUUUUGGUUACUACUCCAUGGAUGUGUGUUUGUGUGUAUAAAUUUUAUGAAAGUUAUACUAUGCAAAUUGUUACCUCAAUUUUUUUCUAGAAAGAAUUACCUCAAUAAAUGAGAAUAUUUUUUCAUUUUUGUACAAAUGA